AUGCCAUCCGCUCCAGUUUCCAAAUAUCAUCAACCAUCAGCACCUUCCCAAUCAAUAAUUCACGUACCAGCUGCACCACCUGCAACACAAGCCCAAAAACAGCAAUUUGCGAAUUUCUUCCCAGGCAUCUCUUGUAUCCACCUUGCAAAUACUAGUCAAAUGAUCUAUGUCCCGGCAAAACUUAAUAUGUCAUCAAUUGUUGCUCUUCUAGACACUGGAUCAGCUCUUACAAUCGUCUCUGAUACCGUAGCUCGAAAAAUAAAGGCCGAAAUAUCUCCGUCCACGGUUACAAAAGGUAUCACAGCGAAUGGAUCGAUCAUGAAUUUACUGGGUCAAUUCACACCAAACCUCACCAUAGGACGAAAAACCAUGCAAAUUACUUGCUACGUCGCUUCUGAUGCUAACUGUUCUUCUCCGUUCAUUCUUGGCAACGAU